GUGACCGUCAAUGACCCGAAAGACGGCGCCUCCGUGUUUGGUGUGCGGUUCAACGGCACCGACAGCGCAGGCAACCGCCUUGGAUUGUUGUGCAGCGGCGACAAAAAGUGGGUGGUGAAGAGCCGGACUGGGGAGACGGUGGCGCAGGCCGCAAGGUGUGAGCCCAGUAAACCGUACCGCGUGCUUCUCACACUCCAGGAGGGCAGUUUUUCCUUCUUCGUCAACGGCACGCCACUGAAGCCUGCGGGUGCGGACGCCGCGGCGCUGGCGAAGAAGGACAGCGAGGAGAUCGCGCACUUCUACUUUGGGGCGGACGACGGCAUGCGUGACGCCGGCGGCAGCGUGACCGUGACGAACGCCCAGCUGUUCAACCGCGCCUUUACCCCGGAGGAGGAGGAAUAUGGCGAUGCGUACGGGGACAACGAGGAGGAGGAAGGCGAAGACGAGGAGGAGGAUGAUAAGGACGACUAUGACGAGGAGGACGAGGACGACGCUGAGGAGGGCGGAGACGAUGACGAGGAGGACUUGGACGCGGAGGACUUUGCCAGCUACACCUUCGAGGACUCUGCGUGA